GAGAGUGGAGGAGGAGGAGGAGGAGAAAAGGGUUAGUGUUUCACGUCCUGCCCUCUGUUCUGUUUCUCCUCCUGCUCCCUGCUUGGAAAGAGGGGGAGGGAGACACAGCUCAACAGUUACUACAGGAAACGGAAGAGACCAAAAGACAGAAGUCAUUUCAAAACCCCAGGGUUGUGCAGAUGAUUCAGUCUGUGUGCAUUUGCAGGGUUCUCCUCCUCCAAAACCGUUAUCAGACACUCCUUACGUCUCCUGCUGGCUCCUGCUUCUCCUCGUUUCUCUGUUUGUGGCAAACAGCCCCCACCCUGAACACCAGGAGAAGUCUUUUUCAACAAAAAGAGGAGAUGCCCCCUCAGCCACAGGUGAAGAGAAGUUUCCCGGAAUUCCUCAAGAGCUUUAUUGGGAUUGUACGGGUCCUCCAGAUCCUGCUGGGAGCCGGGCUUUGGGUCACCAUCGCAGCCAACAAAUAUGAAGGCUCCAUUCACUAUGUGCUGUUUGUGGCUGUGCUUUUCUGGCUCCUCACAUUAGCCAUCUUCAUCCUCACGCUUCUGGACAAGCAGGACCUCGUUCCCAUCGUCGGAGGAGAACGCUGGUUGUUGAGCAACGCCAUCCACGACGUUGCUGCCACUCUGCUGUAUCUGUCCACCAUUGGGAUCAUGAUCUACAAAACCCAAAAGAACUCCUACUGCAACCUGGACGUCUACAAACAUCACUGCUUGUACAAGGUCUACCUCACUGCCUCCAUCUUCGCCUGCCUCACCGCCAGCGUCUAUCUGCUCUCUGCCAUCUACUGCAGCUACAGGAAAUGUCGAGGUGAGCAGACGGUUGUAUGAAAAACGACUGCAUCCCUCACACCCUGCAACAACGAGACCUUUUGGCAAGCUUUUUCUGAGACUUAUAAGUCCUUUUUUUUUUUAAUCAAAGCAGAGGGUUGGUCCUCUUUUCUCAGGCUUUCAGGUUUGUUGCUUUUUAUACAGUAAUUUAUAGAGCUUUUGUACUGCAGUCACACUUAAGUCUAUUUUACAUUUGUUUGUAUGUUGCUGGAGCUCUCUGUACAAGUAGUUUUUUUUUUUUUUGUAUUGUGUUACUGACAACUCAAAGAGCAGUUUGUUUUGUUUGGCGAAACCAUGUAUUAUUAUUUUUUUGUGGUUAUUAACAAACUGUUAUUAAGAAAGAAAUAAAGGACAUGCAACUUAA